AUGCCAAAUGCUCUGGAAACAGAGCAAACUUCCUUCUUCGGGUUCACACAUGAGGUAAGAAUUAGCUCCAGCACAAUGGAACUGGUUGAGGAGUUGCAGGAGGAACUAUCUCAACAUUCGGAAGGUGAUCGCCAAGUUAGGCGAUAUUUUGAUGCCUACGACACGCCAUUUGUUGGGGAAGAGAGGAGAAAAUCUAAUUUUAAUUAUGAAUAA